GAACUUUCAAACCAGGAUCUAAAAAAUUCUUAUAGUGUAAAUCAUAUAUGGGAAAGAGAUGUGAAUCUUGAAUGUAGAAAAAAUGUAAAAAUAGCAUAUGCAAAAGACGAUAGUAUUCCUAGAGUAAACGGGUUUCUAGUUAUUGAAUCAGGUUGGCCUGAUCAAUUUCCUGAAAUACUCUUGGACUCAUUGUGGAUGCGAGAAAAUAGU